CAUUUCUUUUUCUUUCUUUUCGUAUUAAUAAAAGUAACAGAAAUAGUUUGCUAAUUCAAAGCGUCCCAAAAAAGACUCGACGAGAGCGGGUAGACGAAAAUACAGGUGUGCUUCAACCCGUCUAUUUUUAUAGCACCAACUCAUCGUCUCCAUCUAUCUUCUUUGAAUUCCAUUACAGUAUAGACCUGAACAAAAUUUACUCACUGAAAAAGACUGAUAUACAAAUCAUAUUAUAGUAUACUACUGGAAUUAUAUAUAGUAGUAUCAUUCAAGAAGGGGAUUUAAUGAAUGAAAAUAACGCAGAAUCUGGUUUUUGGAAUUUGGGUCUGGGUGGUUAUUUGCUUGGAUCGUGGGAAUGAAAGAUCGUAAAAAACGGAGUGGUUUUGUGCCGUGGGGCUCCUUUUUUCGGUGUACCCUUCUUCUUCUCUUCUUCUCCGGCUUCACUUUAUCCACUUUCCGAUUGUUCUUCAGAGCAGAAAGGUUUCGUCCAAGAUUGGUGUCGACAUGGCGGAUGCCGCCGAUGAAAGUGAUCGCCGGUGUUUCACCUUCAACUCCGCCUAUCACAAUUCAAGAAACCGUUAUUUUUCCAGACCAGGCUUUGAUUUACCUAAAAUACCCUUCAUCCACUCUUUUAUUCACCAAAGAUGACAUUGACUGUAUAUAUUUGCUACCCAACUCAUCUGAGCCCCAAAUCAAGCUCUCUCCAGUAUCAGUCGACGGUCAAUAUUCCGAUCACCAGACUGUACGGUGCCCACGUCAGCCACGUGACACGAUAGUAUCUCUAGCGGUUAAAUCCAACGGUAACCUCCUGCCUGGGCCCACCACCCUUAGGUGGGAUUCAUUGGCAUAUGAAGCUAUAAUUGAUCGUGAUAACACCACUGUUGUUUUUGUUAAGGGGCUUAGUCUACGUUCAGGAAGAGUUUCUGAUCCAUCUAAAUUCAAAUGCUUGUACGGCUGGGAUUUGAGGAAACCAAAAUUUGUUUUGUGGUCCGAGGUUGUAUCGGUUGCUCAAGAAAUUGUAAGAUGCAAAACCCCUUUGAGCAUAUUGAACAGCCCCCAAAGAUUUAAUACUAGUAUUAAGGUUUCGAUUAGGGUAGUUGGUAGACAGACACUCAAGUCUAUUGCUCGGCCGAAAGUUCGAUUGCCCGACCCUAGACCAUUAUACAAGAAACAGCACGAGAUGUGCAUAUGUACAAUGUUGAGGAAUCAAGCUAGGUUUUUACCCGAAUGGAUCGUGUAUCAUUCCCGAAUAGGGGUUCAACGUUGGUUUCUAUAUGAUAACAAUAGUGACGACGAUAUUGAAGAUGUGGUUGAAUCAUUAGUGGGUGCAAAUUAUAAUGUUACUAGACACGUGUGGCCUUGGAUCAAGACUCAAGAGGCAGGGUUUGCGCAUUGUGCACUGCGUGCUAGGGAUUCGUGUGAAUGGGUUGGAUUCAUUGAUGUUGAUGAGUUCUUUCACUUGCCUUUGGGGUUGUCAUUGUAUAAUGUUGUUAGGAAUCAGUCUAGACCNGUUGGAUUCAUUGAUGUUGAUGAGUUCUUUCACUUGCCUUUGGGGUUGUCAUUGUAUAAUGUUGUUAGGAAUCAGUCUAGACCAAGUGAGGUAGCUGAAUUACGUGUAUCGUGCCACAGUUUUGGCCCCUCGGGUCUCAAAAAAGUUCCGGUGAAAGGCGUGACCGUAGGGUACACUUGCCGGUUGGCUGUUUGGGAGAGGCACAAAAGUAUAAUGAGGCCCGAGGCACUGAAUUCUUCAUUGAUCAAUAUGGUGCACCACUUUCACUUGCAGGCUGGGUUCCGGUACGCCAAUAUGGAUAGAAAUGUGCUGGUGAUAAAUCACUACAAGUACCAAGUAUGGGAAGUGUUCAAGGAGAAAUUCUAUAGGAGGGUGGCUACCUAUGUGUCCGAUUGGCAGCAAGAACGAAAUGUUGGUUCCAAGGAUCGCACUCCAGGUUUAGGUACAAAAGCUGUUGAACCACCCGAUUGGUCGACCAGAUUUUGCGAGGUUGAAGACACGGGCUUAAGGGAUCGUGUAUUGAAGACGUUCACUGACCCGAAAACAGGUCGAUUGCCAUGGCAGCAUCUGUCCAAUGAGCACUAGAGACAGAAGAGUGCUGCUGUGAAUUUGGAGGAGUCUGUCUUCUUUUUAUUUGUUUCUUUGGAAUUUCUCUCUCUCUCUCUCUCUCUCUCUCUUUGUGCUAUGUACUUCCACUACCCAUGUACUGCUAGAUGCACAGACAUAGAGCUACUUCAUAUUCAUUGUUUGUACAUAUAUUUAAUAAGACAACCGAGAAAGAAAUGAAAAAUUUAAAGCAGCAUUUAAAAGUUGAUUUGAAGAAA